AACAAGGACAUAUGUCUGAGAUUAAUUUUCCAGAUUAAUGUUGUUAUUUUGUCUUGCAAGUUGUUUGACCAGGUAUAGAACAGGCUGGAAGAGUAGAAGUCCAACUUCUGGAAUAAUCUAUAUCUUCCGUCAUUAUCCUUUUACAUCUGAUGCCAUUUAAGCAUUUGUUGAAAACUUUACGGUUAUAGAAGAGAACCCAAUAUAAACUUAUGUAGCUUAAGGUUUUAUAUUUGUGCAGUUGUAUUGCGAUCUCUUUUCUUAAGAGUGUAAUCGACUCUUUGGCAUCAUGUGGUAGUAGAUGAGUAGCUUCAAAAGGUGGAGUAGCUCUUCUUUAUCUUUUGUUUUGGUUUCCCUUUCUUGCGGAGGGACAAAGAAGGAAAAGGACUUUCCUCUGCAGCCUAGCUACUCAAGCUUGUUAUCCCUUAUGUUCUGGACUUAUGCAUUAGGCAGUUCAAUCUGAACGUAGACCUUGUCCUUCUUUAGAUUGAUGUACCUGAAUAACUUGGCAGUUCUGUACUGCAUAUUAUCUGCUUUAAUAGUACUUAUUAUCCCUCUGAAUCUAAAAUCAAAAGGUUUGGGGCUUGGGUGCCACCAGAUCUUGUGCAUUACAUUAAACUUGUCCGUAGUACUUGCAGAUUUUAUUAUUGUAAAAGCGCAUAAGCUGAGGAUAUUUCUCAAUAUACAUUUGAGAUUGAUCAUUGAUUACCAUCAAGACCAACUAAAGUUUUGAAAAGUGGGACUAUUGGAACUCUACGCGUACACUUCAGCAUUGAAUACAAAACAGAGGAAAAAUAUAUAGCCUGACACCCAUUUUAUUAAGAGCAAUUCUUUGUUGCUUCGAUGUUAUUCAAGUCAAGGUUCUAGGAAAAUUUGACUACAUAUCCCUUUAUGUGGUAUCAUCAAGUUAAUCCCAGACUGUUGCAUUUUGAUUUAUAUUAGGUAACUAUCACUUAAAGUUUACACAUAUAACCACAUCCUCUUGAGUGAGAUCUUUUGCAUCCAUUUCAUGUUGGGAAGAAGUAUAAAUAGUAUGAAACAACAUGAACCUUGGUACUCUCAUAAAACAGAAAACCAUUUGAGUUAUCUUCUGUAUUAUUCAUGGACAAAGAACCGUAAGUUAGCAAAAAGUGGUUUUUGGAUUCUUAUGUUUCUGAAUUCACAUAACUUUCUUUGCAUAUUGCACCCAGAGAAGAGUACUUGUUAUUUUCGUCAUAUAUGUUUAUGGUGAAAGAUCUUUUGAUCUGGUCAGUGGUUUCACUGCAAAUUUGAUAAUUGACACAACCCCCUCCGAGACAGCUCUUCUCUCUCUUUGCAGAUCUCUAAGGGCAAAUUGAAUCUGAAGCCUUGCUGCUGGCAUGACGACUUUGAUAUAAACACAUCAAACAUAAGGCUAAUCACACAGAUAGUCGAAAUUGCCAAAAAAAAAAAAAUUGACUUGCAAAAUUUGCUCCUUAACCACACCACCAGUGUCUGGUGCAUGGUGUCGGAAAUAAUUUUCUAUAUAGUUGCUCAUCUGAGGAGAAUUAGAAGGCAAAAUCUCCAAAGAUUCCAGUUCUAUAGAUAAUUAUUUGAACAGCUCUAGCUCACAUGUUGGAUCUGAAUAUACAAGUAUGCAAAUGAGAGCAAGUAAUGCAGAUGGUUUCCGUAUUAGUAUUUCAAGUACUCCUAGUUGUUCAAGUCAAGGUUCUGGAACAGAUGACAUAGAAUCUCUUGGUGAUAUUUAUGUGUGGGGAGAGAUUUGGUAUGAUGAAAUAAUUGAUGGAACUGUGAAUCCAAAUCCAAUAAAAAAUGAUGUAUUGACUCCAAAAGUAGUGGAAUCAAAUGUAGUUCUUGAUGUGCAGCAAAUUGCUUGUGGUGUUCAGCACAUUGCACUUGUUACGAGGCAGGGUGAGGUUUUCACAUGGGGAGAGGAAUCUGGGGGAAGACUGGGUCAUGGAGUUGAGAAAGACUUCAGUCGUCCUCGACUAGUGGAAUUUCUGGCUCUUACAAAUAUCGAGUUUGUUGCAUGUGGCGAGUUUCAUACAUCGGCACUAUCUGCAUCAGGUGACUUAUAUACAUGGGGUGAUGGUACCCAUAAUGUAGGUCUUCUAGGUCAUGGCAAAAACGGUAGCCACUGGAUACCAAAAAGAGUUUCUGGAUCUCUGGAGAGCCUUCAUGUUACAUCAGUUGCUUGUGGCACCUGGCAUUCAGCAGUGGUGACUUCCACUGGAAAUUUGUUCACUUUUGGAGAUGGAACAUUUGGAGCUUUGGGUCAUGGUGAUCAUGAAAGUGUUGCAUAUCCAAAAGAGGUCCAAUCACUGAGAGGUUUGAAAACAGUUUCCGUUUCGUGUGGAGCGUGGCACACUGCUGCUAUUGUAGAAGUUACAAGCCACCCUGGAGUCAAUGCUUCCUCAAGAAAGUUAUUCACCUGGGGUGAUGGUGAUAAAAAUCGACUGGGUCAUGGAGACAAGGAGACUUAUCUUGUUCCAACUUGUGUUUCUGCCAUUAUUGAUUACAACAUACAGCAGCUAGCUUGUGGACAUAACAUAACUGUUGCCCUUACUACAUCAGGCCAUGUCUUCACUAUGGGAAGUACUCAACAUGGCCAGCUUGGUGAUCCACAAUCAGAUGGAAAGCGACCUAGAUUAGUACAAGAUGCAUUAGUGGGACAGUUUGUUGAACAAAUAUCAUGCGGUACACAUCAUGUUGCUGUUCUUACUGGAAGAAAUGAGGUAUUUACGUGGGGAAAAGGAGCCAAUGGUAGGCUGGGACAUGGGGAUUUGGAAGAUCGCAAUGUUCCAACAAUGGUUGAAGCUCUCAAAGAUAAGCAUGUGAAGAGCAUUGUGUGUGGUUCAAACUACACAGCAAGUAUAUGCAUCCAUAAGUGGGUAGCCGGUCCAGAUCAAUCAUUUUGCACUGCUUGCAAGCAGGCAUUUGGUUUUACUCGAAAACGGCAUAACUGUUAUAACUGUGGCCUGGUGCACUGUCACGCUUGCCUUUCCAAAAAGUCGUUGAGAGCAGCACUUGCUCCAACUCCAGGUAAACCACAUCGAGUCUGUGACUCCUGCUAUCUUAAACUUAAAAAGGGUGCUGAUAUUGGAAAUGGAGCGAGUUUAACUCGGAGAGCAUCAGGAACUUCUCAGCGAAUAGAUAGGGGAGUGGGAAAAACUUCACAAGUACUUCUCUCCAACAGAGUGGACCCAGUAAAGUACCUUGAUAUUAAGUCUGCAAUGCGUGGAACAAGUGCUUCCCAAGUUCCAUCGCGAUUGCAGCUAAGGGAUGUUUCUUUCCCAAGCUCCUUUAGUGUCCUUCAACGUGCUCUAAAGCCUGUUAUCACAUCAGCUCCAUAUCCUCAGCAGGCCUCACCACAACCUCAGCCCUACUCAAGACCUGUUUCCCCACAGUCACAAGCUAAUUCUGCCAUGUCAAUGGCUGCCAUUGAUAGUUUACAGGUCGCAAAUGAAAUUCUGACCCAACAAGUUUCCAAACUGCAUAACCAAGUUAAGAGUUUAAAACAGAAAAAUGAAUCCCAAGAUACAGAAAUUCAGAAGUUGAAGAAAGCUACCCAAGAAACUAAUUCACUGGCUGCUGCUGGUUCUUCUAAAUGUGUUCAAGCAGUCCAAGCCGUCAAGACCAUCUCACAUAAAUUGAAAGAAAUUAGAGAGAAAAUACCUCUUGAGAUAUCUGAGAGCGAAUCCUUUAAAUUAGUGCAAGCUCAAGUUGAAUCUCUUCUGCAUAUAAGCGGGGCUCUAGCAUCUGAAGGUAUUUCUCUGAGGCCACCAGAGCCAACACGCGAAUUGAAUACCAAGGAACAUCUCAUUGUUCCACAGAAUAUUGAUGAAGCUUCAAUUGAAAAUAAUGGUUCAUCUGUGAGAGUUAAUCAAUCAAGAGUAGAAGGCGGCCCUGGUACGCCUGAAACUGCAAGUGCUAAGGCACAAAGAGAAGUCAUCGAGCAGUUUGAACCGGGUGUUUACGUGACACUCCUUCAGCUACCAAACGGAAACAAGUUCUUUAAAAGAAUUAGAUUCAGCAAGCGAAGAUUCUCCGAGAAUCAGGCAGAAGAAUGGUGGACAGAAAACAAAGAGAGAUUGCUCAGAAAGUACAACCCGACGAGGACAAGUAACAUGCCAGGUGAUGGAACUCAACCUGAGUCGCCGGCUGAGGUCUUCCACGAGGCGGCACAAUCGUUUGCCGACCUCAAUGUUGUACAAGACUAACUGGUAAGAUAGAAAUACUCAUGAAGGCAUUUCUUGUACUUUCAUAGUAAGGUAUACUUGUGUAACUACACUAGGUUAAGACUAUUUUCUUGUGCAAACCCUAAAAUGGUCGUUUGCUUUGGGUGGUUACUGCUUACUUUGAAUAUACAGAAGAAUAAUAUAGUUCAAUUUUGCUAUA